UACACAGCCUUAUCAUCCAAUACCGGAAACUGGGAGGUCCUUUCCCCCGCAGACUCCAACAUGGCCAGAGGACCGAAGAAGCAUCUGAAGCGCGUCGCUGCGCCGAAGCACUGGAUGCUGGAUAAGCUCACGGGCGUGUUUGCGCCUCGACCUUCCACCGGUCCCCACAAACUGAGGGAGUGCCUGCCCCUAAUCAUCUUCUUGAGGAACCGCCUUAAGUAUGCCCUGACUGGGGAUGAGGUGAAGAAAAUAUGCAUGCAACGGUUUAUCAAGGUUGACGGCAAGGUCCGUACUGACAUCAACUACCCUGCUGGAUUCAUGGAUGUGAUCAGCAUUGAUAAGACCAGUGAGCAUUUUCGUCUUAUCUAUGAUGUGAAAGGACGUUUCACCGUCCACCGCAUCACUGCCGAGGAGGCCAAGUACAAGCUCUGCAAGGUGAAGAAGAUCCUCAUUGGCACCAAGGGGAUUCCUCACCUGGUGACCCACGAUGCCCGCACCAUUCGCUACCCUGACCCCCUCAUCAAGGUCAAUGACACAGUACGCAUCGAUCUGGAAUCUGGCAAAAUCACAGAGUCCAUCAAAUUUGAUACUGGUAACCUGUGCAUGGUGACUGGUGGUGCUAACUUGGGUCGUAUUGGCAUCAUCACCAACAGGGAGCGCCACCCUGGCUCCUUUGAUGUGGUGCACGUCAAGGACAGCACGGGCAACAGCUUUGCCACCAGGCUCUCCAACAUCUUUGUUAUUGGCAAGGGCAACAAGCCGUGGGUUUCCAUGCCCAGAGGAAAGGGAAUCCGCCUGACCAUCGCCGAGGAGAGAGACAAGAGACUGGCCGCCAAGCAGGGCAGCAGCUAAAAUGGCCGACAAAUAACAGCCUGACCCCUGGUUUUCAAAAUAAAAUGUUAUUUACAAAACA